AGUGUGUCAGCCUGCUUGCAUUCUGUUUUUCACACAGCACAAUGAGCGAACGGUUGAGGGAAACGGGGUAUAUCAAAGCGUCUGCAGCGCAAGAGCAGCAGACGGAUGGGAUAGGCUCGAGACAGAGCCAGAGAUGAAAGAUUAAUCGGCCAUUUUCCAUCAACAUUGCAGCAUCAAACGAAGUAGAUUGCUGGUCUUAGGAGAAAAAAGUAAGAAAUUUUAUCGGGAAAGUAAUUCUAACCAACGACGACGCUUCUACGAAGUAUAAUAAAGGAAAAGAACCAAAUUGAUAAAACCAGUAGCCUGGCAAAUCGUAACAAAUCCAGGGAAAAUGACAGCAGUAGAUGAAAGAACUAUUUACGCAAAGCUUGAAGCUAUGAAAGACAUCCGCUCCAAAACGCUUCAACUGGAAAAAGUGAAACUAAAAAUUAUCCGGGAAGUCGAAAACGGUGAUGCAGAGGAGAAAUGCCUCGCCGAGUAUCGUCGGGAGCUUGAGCUCCUGAUGCAGGAAAAGAUGAGUCAUGUAGAGGAAUUGAGGCAAAUUCAUGCCGACAUCAAUGCGAUGGAAACUGUCAUCAAACAGGCGGAAGAAAAUCGGAUUCGCUCGAUAAAUAUGGCGAACCGUUUUCACGAGGAAUAUGUACCGCUGAAGUCCGAUGUGGACACGAUGCGUCGUGAAUACCUUGGACUGGAGCGUCUUCCGGAACUGCACGAGGAAGAGGGAUCGAUUAUCUCUCCCGAGUAUCGUUUCCAGAAUUACUACACGGGCAAUAAGUCUAUCACGAAUCCGGCAGCCAGUUUUGCCCGUCCUCCCCUUUCGGCACAUCAUCCCUUGCCACCGGAUGGGCCAGUCACAGCACUUCCACCGACAGCUCCACCUGGUUUUCUACCGCCACCGCCUGUUGCUAUGCGCAUCAACAAACCCCCAGAAUUGCCCACCAAUCGAUUACAACCAGCUCCUACAAUCGGAAUAGGCCAUCCAACGUUCAGGUCUGAUUUCAAUGUCAAUCUGAGACAACAACCACCACCGAUGAAGUCGUGUCUUUCCUGCCACCAGCAAAUUCAUCGCAACGCUCCGAUUUGUCCACUCUGCAAGGCGAAGAGCCGAUCGCGCAAUCCGAAGAAGCCGAAAAAAAAGGAACAUUAGGGGGUGGUACUCACCCACGAAAAUCGACUGACCAGUGUUUUUCCCAAUUUCUUGCGGAAAUUUUUGCAUUCAUUAAUUUGCUUUGACAUUGUAAUAUUUAGAUGUUUUUGACUAAACUGCACAACUUUUGCACAACCAUUUUUUCACUUAUUUCGAGGUAAGAGAUUGCUAAUUUGGUCACUGUUUUAUGACAGUGUACUUUUUCGCUAGCGAAAAAUCUUAAUUUAUCAUUCUGUAGUUUACUGUUCAUGUAAAUCCUAGAAUUUGCAGUUUGCGUUAAGUAAAAAUUGACCGGAGCUGGCGGAAUUUCGUAGAAACGUCAACGUUUUGAAAUUCAAGUGGAAACUAUGCGAUCCACAACCUGGAUUUGCAGUUCUAAGCGAAAGGGAAUUUUUCCUUUUCACUUCUUUAGUCAAAACGAAAUCGAUUAAACGUUGGGCCAUACAUAAACGACCACUUUAGUGUUAAGCUUGUAAUUUUCAAUCAAUAAACGUAAAUAUUCAAGUCUGAUA